UAUGUUUAUAUAAAUUCUACAAUCUGAAAGAACUUUUAGACAAUUUUAAAUGUGAUACCCCCCAAGAAAGGUUCCCACAAAAUGAAGUGUAUACUAAUAUUUAAUCAUUUAAACGAUGUUAUCUACUCAAGAUAUAAUGAAAAAUUUCGUGAACAUAUUACAAAUGUUGCAAUUUCACAAAAUCUUAUUGAAAAAUCUGAGAUUGAAAAUGAAGAUCAAAUUAAUGCAAAUAUCAUAAUGCAAGUAUUUUCACCGAUUGUUACAUCUCAAAGGAUUAUGAAUUGUCAAUUUGGUAAUUCGUAUACAUCAAUACAAUGCCAAGAUGGUUUAAAUGUUGUUUUUAUCGAGUAUAUGGGGUAUUUGUAUGUGCAAAUUGGAAAUCAAACUGUGCCCUUUAUAAAACGAUCGUUGGGAAUAUGUGUAUCGUUUGUGAGACAUUUAUGCGGACCUGAUGUAUACCUAUUAAAGAACAAUGAUUCCCGACGUACAUUGUUAUCAAGUUUAUUAUCAAUAUGGGAGAAUCUACGUGAGAAUGAUCAAGCAAUACUUGUGGAAGCUGUUGAACAGCUUAUGGUUAACGCUGAUUUAGGUUCAGCCACAUUAAAAUCAUUACAAGAAGUUACCGAAAAAUUGAAAACACAAUUGGAUUUAUCACGAACGCAUGCAAUGAUUUUAGUACAAAAUAAAUUCAUGUCUUUAUAUUCAAGUCGUAACGCCAACGACUUAUCACCAUCUGAUAUCAUAUUUGUAAGUCUAUUGACAAUAUUAUCAUCACAACAAAAUUCUGAUAUACUUAACAACACAGACAGCUCCGACGAUACAGAUAGUUCAACAUCUGAAAGAAAAUUAACGACAUACUUAGCAUUAUUAAUGGGUAACGGAACCUUACCCCAAUGUAUACCACAUUUAAUUCACAUUAUACCGAUCACAGACGAAGUACGAAUGCUAAUCUUAAUCGAAAAUGGUAACAAUACAAUAUCAUCGGGCAUCUAUGAGAUCUUCCACAAUUUUAAUAUCAUGCAAACAGUACAAAUGCAAAAGGAUUCAACAUCAAUACGACCCGCUUUAGAGAAUUUAGAUAAUGCAAUAAAAAAAGUAUUAGACGCAUUUAAAAAGACAAAAAAUCUAAAUGAUGAAUUGGAUAAUUGUCAAAAGAAAUUAGCAAAUAAAUGGGAUACAAUUCAUAAAAAAUAUAAAGAAUUUUUAAAAACAUGUGAUGCUGAAUGUGUGCUACGGAUCGAAUCCAACACAAUGGUUUUUAUUGAAACGUUACGUGAGCUAUUAGAGUUAGCGGUGUUUAAUACAACAUGUGGGAAUGUAAAUGUUAAUGAAUGUAUUAUUGAGGCAGCGAAAAAUGUUAAUAAACGUUUAUCGACGUUUAGUGAUUUUUUAAAAGUGAAGGCGAUACGAAAUUUUACACUUGGAUCAAGAUCUUCCCUAACCAUCAACAAGUAUUUGGAAGAAUUUCCAGGUCUUGUACAUUUUUUAUAUAUUGAUCGUGCAAAUCAUCGUAUUACAGCACCAAGUUUAGAUUUUACAUCAGAGGAAACAGUCAAUUUAACAAAACAAAAGAUUUGGUCAAUGGUGGAUUUUGCCCAUAGUCAUUUACAACAAGGUCAUCUAUCAUUUAUGUGGAAAGAUACUAUUUUUAAUUACGCUUAUUUCUUAUGGUUUGAAGAUUCUGCUGGUGGACCCUUAAAACCUAAAGUGUAUCCUGCUAAUGUUGGAAAAGUAUUACCAACGCCUGGUAUUUUAGUUACAGACUUUUAUAAAAAAUUAAUUGAAGUAUGCUUUCCAAAACAAUCAAACACAAAAAUUAAAUGUUACGAAUUAUUUUGUAUACAUUUAGGUUUAGCAACUUCAUCCUGUGUUUUGGAACACUCAAGACGUUUAGCAGCAACGAUUUGGGAUGUUACCGGUGUGCCAAAUAAUCCAAUUGAUUUGUUAUAAACUUUUUUUUUCCGUUAAAAUAUUAUUAUUAAUUAUUA